AUGACACUCACUACACUACAUAUCUCCUCCAAUCAAAUCGAAGAUGUCGGAGCACAGUAUCUCGCUGAUGCAUUGCGAAAUAACACAACACUAAUCACAUUACAUCUGGGAUACAAUCAAAUCGGUGAUCUCGGAUCGCAAUAUCUUGCUGAUGCUUUACGGAACAACACGACACUCACCACACUAGAUCUCCGAAACAAUAAAAUCGGAGCUCUCGGAGCAGAAUGUCUCUUUGAUGUUUUACGAAAUAACAUGACACUCACCACAUUAGAUCUCUUGAACAACCAAAUCGGAAGCAAGCUUAGAGAUCGUAUGAUGGAACUGAUUAAGCGGAAUAAACAACGAAUGAAAUCAUGA